UACCAGAUCUACGCCCACAUACAGCCUGGGUAUUUCUUACAUGGGGACUGCACACACAAGCGCCUCAUCGAGCUCAUGACACCGGGGAACAAUGCUGACGCGGUGCUGGUGCAAGAAGCAGUUGAUUUCAUUGGAGCGGCUGCGCAGCGGUGGGCCGGAUGGAAGCUACCUUUUGCAAACACCAGAAUCCAGCUUUUCGACUAC